GUAUUGUAUGAAGUUUAAUAAAAGCUGUGCUUAUGCAGGUUUUCUUGAUCUCCGUACUCAAAUAUUUGACAUUUGUGAGAUAAAGAAAAGAGUCGUAAAAAUUUGCUUUGUCGGGCAAUCAUCUGUGUCAUCACAAAAUUCGUCUACUUCUACCUCGCCCAGCAGUUCAUCAAAUGAUGAAGCCAACAAAAGUGAUGAUGUUGUCUCUGACUCUCUUGCGUAUCCUGCUACCUCCCGCCCAUGUGAUGAAUCAACAUCGCACACAUCUGAAGUUGGAAAAUCCGAGAAAAAGUUUCCCAUUUCAUUAAAAGUUGUGGAAAAGCUGAGCAAGGAUGCCAAGAUAAAUUUAUUUAUCACGAGGCUACUGGACUAUCUCUAUACGGAAGAAUUCAUGGCUAAGACUACAGUUACGAGCAAACGAAACAAGUCAGCCAGCCCAUCUGAGAAAGGCCAGCUAGACGAGAAAGAAUUACGUGAAAUAAUAGACGUAACAAACAAGCGAUUCCCGCCAAGCGACGUAGAUGCACAGGAAAAACUCAUUCGUAAAACAGUUGGGGUGAAGUUCAACAAUAUUACAGCCAAGUUAAAGAAGCAGCUGCUUCCUGCAAUUGCCAGGCUUUCCCAAAAUCAUUGUUGAUUUCAAUUGUUUCGUUUUCGUUCGUUUCGUCAAUGUAGAAUUGAAUCUGCUAAACCUAGAGAAAAAAUA